GCGCUGAGGAAGCAAAGUAGACACACAACAAUGGGGAUAACUUCGACUCAGGAGAUUGAGUAUGAUCAAACGAAAGCUGAGUACAACAGUGGAGGAGAUUCAUGGAGCUCAUCAACGAACUGGACGAUCUCUCGUGGCUCUCUUGAAGAUUCCAUUACUUUUGAGUCCUCCGAUUCUCCGAUCGAUACUAAAUCUACUCAGUUAUCACCUCUUAUUCUCCACCGACCUUCGCCGGAUUCCGCCCCUUGCGAAAUCAAGUUAUGCUUUAUGCAAAAGCAUGAAAUCAGGCAGGUCUAUGUUCGGAGUACUGCUCGUGUUUAUGAGAUAUACUAUGCACCUACUCUGCAGAGCGACAAUGAGUAUCUAUGUACCGUCCGCUGUAGCAUAGCUGAGCGAGAUGGAGAAUUUCUCCAAGCUAAUGAAAUUAAAGUAGUUACCCCGCAAUAUUUGGAGGAUUAUGUAGGAAAACCAACAGAAGGUAGAGUUACAGCUGAAGCCAAUUGCACAAGGGAAGAUGAUUGGGUCGAGGUUAAGGUUCCUGACGGGAACGGGGUAAGCUGCCUGCAAAAGCACACAACAGGGAAUGAACAAAGAAGUAUUGAGGAUUUAUACGAGGCCACAGCAGAAAUUAGUGAUGCAGAUCCCUGCAUGUCGCUUACAAUUCGCUUUUUAUCACUUCCAAAUAAAGAUUCUCUAUGCAUCGACGAAGUUUACAUAUUUGGUGACCCUAUUGACUCUAAUGAGGUAGAGACCCCAGCAGCUCCUAUGGAAAACCAAGCUAGUUCUUUUAUGGCCAUGCUUGUUCCCACCCUUCUGCAACUAUCUAAAUCAGGCGUCAGUCAGAAGCAGCAGGAGAAAGAUGUUUCUGAUAGUCAAAGAAAGGAAAAUGAAGUGGGAAUCGCAGUGAGGACAUCUGAUUUUGCUGAUGCCAGUAAAGAAAAUGAACAGGAAAAGAGGAUGAGUGCUGAUCAUAUAGUGCAGUUGGAUGUCACUGACAAGCCUGUAGCAAAACCCACUCAUUCCCAUCCUCUGAUACACCAGGAAUUAAGCAGAGAGAACCACAAUACCUCCACCAUGAGUAAUGAUGCUUCACAAGGUCGUAUUGUAGGAGCCAUUGAACAACUUCUUGACCGAGUGAGCAGAAUUGAAAAUAUUUGCUUGAGAUUUGAAGAAAAGAUGGUUUGUCCAAUGAAUAGCAUGGAGAUGAGACUUCAACGACUGGAGCAGCAAGUAGAAACUCUAGCUAAAAAUUCCCAAGUUUCUGGAGUAGCGUCCUGCAAUAGAAUAACAGCUCCUUCAUUUACUGGCAGUGAGUCCAAUUCUAGCUCUUUGUAUAAUGAUGGAAGUGAAUAUCGGUCUUGUGGGGCAUUGGAGCUGGAGAAAAAGGAUCCCCCUUGCAAUAAGUUGUCCGAACCUUCUGAUGACAUGCCUGUUUCUUCUAAUCCUUCACAUGUUCUUCCAAAUCUUGUGAUUUCUGCCCCUGAGUUUUCAUGUGGAGAGGAUGAAGAAGAAAAUGAUAUUGUUGAAUCAGUAAAAGUUUCUUCUCAAGAGAAGCAAAAGCAAGUUUUAUCUAUUGAUGAUGCUUUAGCUGCAGCACUUUCUGGAUUUCUGUCCACGUCCCACGUUCUUCCACCAGAUGAAGGGACCUUGGAAGUUGUUGCUUCUGGAUCUAUUAGUGAGGGAGUGAAUGAGAAGAAUGAGUUUUCAGAAUCUACCCAAAGUGCUUCAGUUAUCGCUCACAACUGUACUUUGGAGGGAAAAGACAAUGACAAACCUUCAAAGUAUACUCAAAUUCUUGCAAUUGCAGCUCCUGACUUUACCGAGGAGGAGUACGAAUUUGAGAAUGCAAAUUUCAUCAUAGCUUCUUCUGCACCAGCUCCUGAACUUGCCAGUGAAGGAAAUACAAAUACUGAAAUAGCUUCUCCAAGCACUGGAAUUCAGGACUUUGUUGAUCUUAACAGAAGCAAGAGCAUGGAUAACGCAAGUUCACCUGUUGGUUCUGAGACAUAUGCAGAGCAAGAGAAAUUUCUCCAUGAGAAUGUGCAGCUUAAGGAAACUUCUGGAGUAAUUGGUUCGAAAGAUCAUCCUUAUGCACAAGAAAGUAUCUGCAGAUCACAGGAUAAUCCCACUGCUUGUCCUUCAGGUCAAGAUGAUAAGGUUUCAGAGACUAAUGCAAGAGAUUCUACCAAUGAGCCACAGAUGAAUUCUCAUAAUCUAGGAAAUGCUGCUGAAUCUGAAGAACGUAAUCCUUCAAAAGGUUCUCACUUGGACGUUAUGCAAAAUGUUUGUGAAUAUCUAAGACCUUCUGCUCUAGAUUUCGACAUUCCUAUCUUAGAUGUGAAGUUCACAGCCAAUGAAGACGGUGAUUCCAAGUUCUCACUAGAAGUUCUUUUAGGUGACACGACAGAUGUUAAUGUUGAUAAAAGCACUGAUAAUGCUGUCACUAGUGAGGGAACGACUUCCACUGAUAUGGAUGAUGAAGAAUCACUGAAGUGUUUUGCAGGCGAUAGCAACACUUUGGUGGAUUUUGAAUUUUAUGCUGCAGCUACAUUCACUAAUUCAGAUGGACACAGUAAUCCGAGUAUAUCCAGCAACCACGAGGUAGUCAUCGGUCUCAUCUGAGACCUACUUUUCGAAACGUGUAUAGUUGUACUGGCAAUGACUGUCAAUUACCAGGAGAUCCAUAUCCAUAUGAGUGGCCAGAGUUGGUAGGAAUGGAGAUCAUGCAUGCCAAAUACAUAAUAGAACACACGAAUCUGCGUGUUACAUGUGUCGUGUUAAACUCACAAUGUGUAAAAAUAUCUAACACAUGUUGUAAUCGUGUUUGGCUUUGUCCUGAUGAACAUGGUUUUGUUAAAUAUCUUCCAAAAGUUGGUUGAUAAAAUCAUAUCAUAUAUCGAAGUUGUAAUUCUCGACUUUUAUAAUACUUAAGUCCUUGUUAUUAUGUA